AUGAGAACUGUAAUUCAACGGGUGAAAUCAGCCUCUGUCACGGUAGAUGGCCAGCUUAUCUCAACUAUCGGCAAAGGCUUGCUCGUACUAGCUGCCAUUGGCAAGGAUGACACUCAGAAAGAGGUUGAAUCCAUGGCCAAUAAGAUCCUGAAAGCGAAGCUCUGGGACAAUGACGAAGGCGGCAAAUGGAAAUGGGGCGUCAAGGAUAUUGAAGGAGAAGUUCUCUGUGUAUCACAAUUUACACUUCUUGCAUCUGUCAAGAAGGGCAACAAACCUGACUUCCACAAGUCUGCGAAUGGAGAAAAGGCAAAAGAGCUUUACGACCAGUUCUUCAAGAAAGUACAAGCUCUGUAUCAAGCAGACAGAGUGAAAGAUGGUGUUUUCCAAGCCAUGAUGGAUGUAGCUCUAGUCAACGAUGGACCGGUCACUAUCCAGAUAGAUACGGAUCCUCCCAAGAUGGACAACCCUACUGGCUUCGACCUCCCAGGUGAUCCGCUCACCCACAAGGGGAAGGUGCAGACAACAUUCGAGCUUCCAGCUUCACUCCUGGAAUAG